GUUUUUCCCCCAACCCUGCCUCCGUCUGAAGAAGAACAAGAUCAAGAUCAAACCACCACAUCUCUGCUCGUCUCUGCUCUGCCCUGCUCUUAAAAUCCCCCCUUUUUUUUUUCAUUUCUCUUUUUAAUUUCCCUCUUUAAUCCGCCAUGGCCUCCGCCUUCUUCUUCCAUAAUUUCACCUUCUUCUUCUACAUUUCCCUCCUCUCUCUCCCUCUCCGUCUUCCCCAUUCCCUGUCUCUCUCCUCCACCAUCCACGACCUCCUCCGCUCCCAAGGGCUGCCGGCCGGCCUUCUUCCGAAGGAGGUCAAGUCGUACACCCUGUCUCAAAAUGGGUUGUUGGAAGUGUUCCUGGAUGGGCCUUGUUUAACCAAAUAUGAGAACAGGGUUCUAUUUGAGAGUGUUGUUAGGGCUAAUCUCAGCUAUGGCAGUCUGAUUGGCGUACAGGGUCUCACUCAAGAGGAGCUCUUUUUAUGGCUCCCCGUUAAGGAUAUCAUCGUGGAUGACCCUAAAUCUGGGCUUAUUCUCUUUGAUAUUGGUGUCGCUCACAAACAACUUGCUCUCUCUCUCUUCGAAGAUCCCCCCAGUUGCAAGGCCCAACCCAAAGAGGCGUUGAGGAAUCAGGUGAGGAAGGAGAAAGGAUUUGAAGCUCUAAGAUAGAGAGAGACAGAGAGAGAGAGAGAGAGAGAGGAGAGGAAAAUGUCAAAAUCGUGCUGGAAAAUUUUGUCUUCUUUUAUCUUUUUCUUUUUUUAUUUUUAUUUUUGGUUCUACCCCCAAUGCCUAUAUAACUAAAUUAGUUCUAAUAAUAGCUAAUACUGUUAUACGAGUUA